AAAAUAAUGUCAAAUGUCAAAACAUAAAUGUCGAUUUUUUGACAAACAGAAUUUUUUAAACACUUUUUCCGUGUUGCUGGUAUAUUAUCUCACUGGAAAUUUUUCUCUGGGGCGAGUUCUGGCGCACUCUGUAUAUUAUUUUUUCUACCUCUAGCAUAUUUAUUUAUUUCGGGAGUAAAAACACUAAAUAUCAAUAAAAGUAAUUACAAUAAAUAUCUGUCAAUUAAAACCAUAAAACAUUAUCAUUUCCUAUUUCUUAGUUGGUCAGAAUUACCAUUAAGCAGUACUACAAAAAAUUUCUCCAUUUUUAAAAUAACGUUAAAAUAAUCAAAAAAUGUUUUACUGCAAAACAUUAGCGAAAAUAGUCUAUUUUUAGCAAUGAAGAAAUGAUUUAUCAAACAAUAAAACCCAUUUAUCGUAGAAAAACACUUUUAAACAAUCACCGGUAAAUCCCCGAAUUUCACCAUUUUCAAUUGUCACAAGAUGACUCAUUGUUUGUCAAAGAUAUUUGCAAGAUAACGAUCUUUUAGUGUCAAUAAUCUUUCAUUAUAAAGGUUAAUAAUUAUAUUACCACACAUUUUUUCACAUUGAUAAGAAUUUGAAACGAGCAUUAUAUUUGCAAAAUCAGACUUUGUUUAUCAAACAAACAAAACUAAUGCAAUGAGUCAUCAGAGACAAGCACGAUAAAUAUGAGAAUUUUCUCGAGUACCAACCAAGUCGGUAUCGUGAGUUGUCUUUGAAUUUUUUUCAAAAUUCACACAUUCACAUUUUUCACUACCUUACUUGGUAAUUAAUUAUCUUGUAGAUAAAAUUAAUAAAAUUGAAUUGGAUUUUUAAACAACCUUGACAGUCUGACAGCGUCGAUAACCCCUCCAUUACCAGCAAACAGAAUCAGAAAAUUGCAAGUUUUGUGACAAAAAAUGGGGAAGAAAAACCCGUUUUCUGGCCUGGAAGACGGCUUAAAUGAAGCAAACCGAGAAUACAUCCAAUGGAAUCGAAAUGAUAAUCACAGGACAAAAAUCAAAGUUCUUAAAGUGGUAAAAAAAAUCGUAAAUCUAAUGAAACUCCAAUCGCCGGCUUUCGCAAAACUGGAACCAACAAUCUUCGGUAAUGGCAGCAGUUUCGAAGGGUUAAAAGUUGGCCAACCUGACGAAUUUGACAUUGAUAUUUUACUCACUUUGCCGGGGGAAACCCAGCCGGAGGUAAAAACGGACACAAUCCCAGGUUUUGUCCAAUUGCAACUUUUAGGUUUUGAUAAUUUGGCUCAAACUGAUCCGGAAUUAUACAGGUUGAUUUUUUACUUACUUAUUAUUAGGGUAAUGAGCGAAUUUGUUGACGAUGAUAAUUACUUGCUCACGACCCAAAUGAAGUCAUCUUUCAUGCAGAGUAUUUUUGACAAAACUCGUGACAAGUAUUUUUCAAAUGGAGUUAUUAAAGGUGAUCACAAAAAGAUUACAAGAGCGCAAAAUAAAGGGCCUGCUUUAACUUUAACCAUAGAUGGUUUCAAUUUAUUGGUUACAAUUGAUUUAGUCCCUUGUUUUGUUCUUACAAACUGGCCCCAAAACGGUUUUCGUCCCAACCCCUUUCCAGAAAUUGAUGAGUUUUUUAUAGUUCCAAAAGAGCCUAAACGAGAGCAUCCUCAUCUGGAAAGGUACUGGCGAUUGUCUUUCCAAGAACAGGAAAGGGAACUCAUGUUUGACAAAAAGUGGAUGAAACCGACAAUUCGAGUCAUGAAGUGCCUGAGAGAUCAUUUCAAACACAAGAUUUCAAGUUAUGCAAUCAAGACUCUCUUUUUUUGGCAAGAUCAAAUUACACCGGAUUUGUGGAGAGGUCCUUUGAGUCAUUGUUUGGUUUAUAUGUUGGAACGGUAUUUACGUUGCUUGGAGGAUAAAAAAAUUCCUUAUUUUUGGUACAGCAAGUUGGAUCUUUUGGAUAAUUUAACCGAUUCGCAAAAAGAACAGUAUAGGGAUGAUGUCCAAAGGAUGCUUAAUGAUAUUAAAGGUGAUCCAACAGCAGAAACUAUUCUUACAUAUUUUGGUUAAUUCUUUGUUAUUGUAUUAAAUAAAAACUACGAUUUUCUUAAUCAAA